GGAGGAGGAGGAGGGAGUGGGGGAGGGGAAGACGGUCUUGGUCGGCGUCAAGAUGGACGCCCAGAGCCGGGAACUCCUCACCUGGGCCCUUGUGAAGGUGGCCGCACCCGGCGACCGCGUCGUCGCGCUCCACGUCCUCACCUCGCGCUCCUCCUCUACGUCCAAUCCCGAGGGCGAGGGCGAGCCCACCGCCGUCGUCUCCCUGGCAAAAGAUUUCGACGACAUGGUCGCCGUCUACGAGGGCUUCUGCAAUCUCAAGCAGAUCGAUCUAAAGCUGAAGAUUUGCAAGGGUUCUUCGGUCCGGAAAGUUUUAGCCCGGGAGGUGAACGAAUUCGCUGCGUCAAAACUCAUUCUUGGGGUCGCCAAACGAUCGCGUACCAUUGGGUUGUCGUCCUUUUCAAUUGCUAAAUAUUGUGCAAAGAAGCUGCAUUUUAAUUGUUUAGUGUUAGCCGUUAACAAUGGCAAGAUUGUUUUCCAGAAGCAAGCAGCAGACAAGAACAAAGCCCACCGGAGGAAUUCGAGCAAGGGUUCCACCGGUAGCUCCGGCGGCAAUGGCGAUUUGUAUUGUUUGUUGCCAAGUAUAGGUGAGGCAGGGAAGGAUGCUGAUGAUUCCAAGUCCUCACUUUUAUUGGAAGAUGGGUCUAAUCGUGGUGAUAUUGCUACUGACGAGAAUGCAACAAUGGUGAAUGCCUCUCCAAAACAGAGUUGUUCAAUUUGUGACUCUGUUUCUGAUCCUCCAAGCUUGAAUGAAUUGAAGGAGGAUGAGUCUCCAGUGCUGGUUCUAGUGGAGAAUUCUGAUGCUCCUGCAAGUUGCUCCGUAGCUCCCGUGGUCAAGGAGACGCCAGGGGCAAGAUCAGCUUGGCCGCUCCUCAGAAGGCCGGUUUUUUCAAGCACAAGGAGUUCUUCUUCCCAUGAGUGGCCUAAGAUCUCUGUAGUUCAAUGGGCAUUGCGGCUUCCGAGCCGGUAUUCAGCAGUCCAUCCCUAUCGCAAGUCCAUAAAGUCGAAUGCAAAUGUCACCCCUAAUAGUGAUAAAGAGAGCAGUCCCAUUGUUCCGGUUGGAACUGAUUCAACUCCUUCCAUUUCUGCCCUUGAUGAAGAAGGGUCCCUUCCAAAGGAGUUGGAGUCUCUUCAAGAGAAGUAUUCAUCAGUUUGUAGAUUGUUCAGCCAUGAGGAACUCGUAAACAUUACCUCCAACUUCUCGCCUGAGAAAUUAAUUGGGAAGGGAGGCUGCAGCCGAGUGUAUAAAGGCUGUCUUUCAGAUGGCAAGGAAGUGGCAGUGAAAAUUUUGAAGCCCUCUGAAGAUGCACUGAGAGAUUUUGUUUCGGAGAUUGAGAUUGUUGCGGCUUUGCAUCAUAAGAACAUUAUUUCUCUGAUUGGUUUUUGCUUUGAGAACAACUGUCUCAUAUUGGUCUCUGACUACUUGUCAAGGGGCAGCUUAGAAGAAGUUCUUCAUGGUGAGAAGGAGAACAAGAAUAUUCUUUGUUGGGCCACUAGAUAUAAGGUCGCUUUGGGUGUAGCCGAGGCACUUGAUUACUUACAUGGUGGUAGCGGCACAGAACCUGUGAUUCAUAGGGAUGUAAAGUCUUCAAAUAUCCUUCUUUCUGAGGAUUUCGAGCCACAGUUGUCUGAUUUUGGACUUGCAAAUUGGGCAUCGGCAUCAGCAUCAAAUCUAACUUCCAAUGAUGUUGCAGGAACGUUCGGGUAUUUGGCUCCUGAGUACUUCAUGUAUGGGAAAGUAAAUGAAAAGAUUGAUGUCUAUGCUUUUGGUGUCGUGCUUCUCGAGCUUCUUUCAGGAAGGAAGCCCAUCAGCAUGGGGUGCCCCAAGGGUGCAGAGAGCCUGGUCAUGUGGGCAAAGCCAAUCCUACAAGGUGGUGACAUUAAACAGCUGGUGGAUCCAUGUUUGGGAAAUGAAUACGAUAGCGAUCAAAUGGAAAGGAUGACUCUAGGCGCUUCCCUUUGCAUCAGGAGGGCUCACCAAUCCCGGCCCCAAAUAGCCUCUGUUCUGAAGCUACUCCAAGGGGAUGAUGAUGUUGUCAAAUGGGCGAGGUCCCAAAUCAGCACUUCAGAAGGACCUGAUGAGUUGGAUGAAGAAUUAGACAUGAAAUCUAUUAUCCAGUCCCAUCUUAACCUCGCACUUCUUGAUGUGGAUGAUGACUCCCUCUCGAUCAGCAGCACGGAGCAAACUGUUGAUUUUAUAACCACAAACACUUCCACGGAGGAUUACUUGAAAGGGAGAUGGAGCCGUUCCUCAAGCUUCAACUAACUGAUUUCUUGUAGUCGCGGUCUACGGUUUUCCUUUUUUUCUUUUUCCUUCUUAAUGUAUAGUGUUUAUAUUUUCUGAUUCUCUUUAAUUUGAUCUAUUUGUUUUAAGGUGAUGUGGGAAGAGAGGUGGUCUGUAGUGCCCACCUCCCUGCCUCUUCGCAUGCCAGUCCUUUGUGAGGUUGUUUUUGAAGAACAAUUUGACUGUUUCGCAAGGGAGUUGAUGGCUUUUUGUGUAGUUGGAGAGAGAUCAUCAGAGUUGUCAUCUACUUGGGUCAGCCUUCGUUUAUUUGAAGCUGUAGCAUUGCCUCUAAUGAAUAAUAAAAGUUCAGCAACAUGUCUCUUCUGAUUGUUCGAACUUGAAUUUGAUAGGCAUUUACAGAUCAACUACCACACUUGGGUUGUACUGGGUAAUCUUAUGUUUAGCUGUUUAGGCGAGGUAGAAGUUAAUGCUGAAAGGUACCUGAAGCUUGUUCUUUGUUACUGUUGAACUGGCUUGUUUGUUUAGAUGCAGGACAUUCAUUAAAGCUA